AUAGCAGCCAAGAAAGAACCUUGGUCAUUCACUCCCCUACCAAUCACAAGAGAAAAUGAGGAUGAGCUCACUCUCCGUGUCCUCUUUUGCAGUCCAUAUUCUUCUUCUAUCCUGUGUUCUUUUCACACCUACUCAAUCCUCUGAUGGGAGUGAAAAUGAGGAUUUGAUAGACCAAAUAUGCAAAAAGACACCCUUUUAUGACCUCUGCAGUUCAAUCUUACAUUCAAAUCCUUCAACCCCCAAAGAUGAUCCAAAGGGCAUGGCACUCAUAAUGGUGAACGACAUUCUGGCAAAUGCUACUGACACACUGAGUUAUAUUGAAGAGUUGAUCAAGCAAACCACAGACCGACAAUUGGAGCAACAAUUGGCGUUCUGUGCUGAGUCUUACGUUCCAAUUGUGAAAUACAUUCUCCCACAAGCUGCUGAUGCCAUAAGACAAGGUCAAUUUGGGUUUGCCAGUUACAACAUAUUUUAUGCUGAGAAGGAAGUAACUUCUUGUGACAAGAAAUUCUCUGGCUCAACUCAGUCACCAAUAAGUGAUAGAAAUAGCAUUAUGCAGAAGCUCGUGGACGUGGCUGCAGCCAUAGUUAAACUAUUAUUGAAUGGCUGAUUUUUUCCCCUCCCCUUUCUACCCUAAUUAUUAUUAGUGCUCUAAUUCUUGUUCCAUAAAUAAUUGCUCUUAGUUAGAUGCUUGGGUUUGUAUACAAAUUCUAAUGUGAUAUAAUUAUGGGUACUUUAAAG